CCCCUCCCUUUAUCCACAGAAAGCGAGGUAGCCAUUGAGCCGUAACGUGUGAGGUUAAGUUUGUGUUUGUAAUUUUGAUAUUUCGACAAUUUUCGUUACACGGACUCCGUAUUGCCAGUUGAUUAAGCAAAAUUUCAAUCGUAUUAUUUAAAUUAUCCAAUCAAGACGGCCGCAAUGUCGAUCGGAGUACCAAUAAAGGUACUCCAUGAAGCAGAAGGUCACACGGUAACCUGUGAAACGAAUACUGGUGAAGUGUAUCGGGGCAAAUUGAUAGAGGCCGAAGACAAUAUGAAUUGUCAGAUGCAGAAUAUAACCAUAACCUAUAGGGACGGACGUGAGGCACAGCUAGAAAAUGUUUAUAUCAGAGGAUCGAAGAUUAGGUUUCUCAUAUUACCAGAUAUGUUGAAGAAUGCACCAAUGUUCAAAAGACCGGGCGGGAAAGGCUCGGGGACCGCCGGUAGAGGGAAAUCUGCUAUCUUACGUGCUCAAGCUCGUGGAAGAGGUAGAGGUCAAAAUCAAAGAGGCAGAGGUACAGGCUCUGCUCCUUGGCUUAAUCAACAGAAUCAGCCAGGAGGAUCUCAAGCAGGAAGAGGACGAGGUUAAAUUAUAAUAUUUUAAGGGACACAAAGAUAAAAGAAAAAUAAUUGACAAAAGCUUGUCUAUUCUUUCUAUACCAUUUAUAAGAUGUUUCUCCAAAUUUCUAUAUCAGUAAUGGAAUUAUCAAUAAAUCGAUAGAAUGCUUUUUCUAUAUUAUCUUUGUA